AUGUCCGACACAGUGGAGUCCGUCUUCCGCGUGAUCGCGGCCUGCACGUCGCUCAUGAUGAUCCUGAGCCCGACGCCGGCAGUCUACAAGAUCUACAAGACCAAGUCCAUCGGCAACACCAACAUCGUGUCGCUCGUAUCGGUCUUCGCCAAUUGUCACGUGUGGAGUCUCCAAGGUUUGCUAACAAACAACUGGUUCCCCGUCUUCUCCACCUUCGUGUCGGGCGACUUCAUCUCCAUCAUCUACAUGGUCGUCUUCCUGCGUUAUACGACGAACCGCAAGCAGGCGUUGAAGGUCAUAGCCGUCUACGCGGCCGUGCUCUCAAUCAUCACGACGUACGCGGUGCUCGGCGGGCUGGGUGUCUUCACCAGCCUCAGCAGGGGCCAGGUGGACGACAUCAUGGGCUACCUCGCUGUGUGCGUGACGCUGGUGCUCUACAGCUCGCCGUUCCUCAAGGUCAAGGACGUUAUCAAGUACAAGACCGGUGUCUUCAUUCCGAUUCACAUGGUGCUCGCUGGCACGUUCAACAACACCAUGUGGAUCACCUACACGCCCAUGUCCAAGCUUUGGUUCCUCUUCGUGACCAACGUUUGCUGCGCCACGCUCGGCGUCGCGCAGCUCUCGGUCUACAUGAUCUACCACCCGAGCAAGCACCCGCUGGGCUACGGCGCCACGCUCGAGGACCUGCUCGAGAAGGAGAAGGAGGACAACAACGACACGCUUUCCAUCGCCAUCGACCGCGCCAGCGUGCAGUCGGCCAGCAAGGCGGUGCCGCCGCAGAGCCCAAUGUACCAGAUCAUCAAGUCGCCACUGGCCCCCCUCCGCCCGUAG